AUGGAAAGUAAAAUUUUGAGAGCAUUUGUUGCAAAAAGACGAUUCAACACCAUUGGGUACGCCAUCCAUGAAGACGCAUUAAUAUAUUUAUUGCAAGCAUUGCCAGCAUGCAAAACAGGGUGUGCUGAGAGGGCUUUCGAGUACCUGAAGAAGAACAAACCACUAAAGGAUUUCAAUGAUGAACUCAUCUACAGGGACGAGUUUUUUGCGCGAUUACGAAUUGAAGAAGUUGGGAAACGAUGUAAGAAUUGUGAGCUUGUGGAUUAUAUGCCAGCAUUAGUUGACAACACAGGUCGCUACCUCGGAUACGACCCCGACGCCAAUCAGUUCUUUCUGGACGAUGAAAAUCACUUCAAUCCAUUUGCAAAGCAACGGAUUCAACCAAUUUUUGAUCGACUGGCGGGCAAAUUUGGGAAGCUUAUAACUGGAUAA